CAUUUGGACUGAGAGGAGCUCACGGUCACAUUGACUUCUACGCCAACGGUGGAGCCGACCAGCCAGGGUGUCCCAAAACCAUCUUUGCAGGUAAAUCUUACUUUGUGUGUGACCACCAGCGCUCGGUGUUUCUGUUCCUAUGCUCUCUGAACCGGACCUGCAGCCUCACGGGUUACCCCUGCUCGUCCUACAGCGACUUCCUGGAGGGACGCUGCCUGCAGUGCGAGGCCUUCAAACCGGCGCCCUGCCCCGUGCUGGGUUACGAUGUGAGCCGGUGGAGGGAGACGCUGCUGCAGCUGGGACAGACCAAAGUCUUCUUCAGCACCACGGCAACGCUGCCCUACAGGAAGUUGAGCUACAGAGUGGACAUGGUGACCUGGAACCAGUACCUCCGCUGGGGGGUCGUCUACAUCCGGCUGCACAGCGGAAGAAACGUCACAGAGGCCAGAAUAGACCAUAAGCUCCUGCGGUUCGAGCAGUACACCUCCACGCGGCUGCUGGCCCAGUUCGAUGACGACUUGCAGCACGUCCAGAAGAUCUCGCUGCGCAUCAACACCGGCAACGUGAUCGGCCCUCGUUACAAAAUCAGACUGCUGCGAAUACGCUUCACACCGCUGGAGCGUCCUGAGAGGCCUUUAAUGUGCCGAUUUGACAUCAUCAUGGAGGAGAACAUGGAGGUGGCGUUUCGACCUUUGCCCUGCAACUCUCGCCUUUGACUCCCAGACCAGAAACUCUUCUUC